AUGCAACUCGAGCAUCCAAAUAUUUUACGUAUUGUUAAUUACUUUAACGAAGGAAAUAAGUUUUUCAUUAUUUCGGAAGACUGCGUUCACGGAAAUGUGAAGGAAUACUUAGAUCAGACGAACAUUUCCACAACAGAAAGAAUAGAAUUUUGCACAGAUCUGAUCAGAGGUCUCAAUUAUCUUCAUUCCAAAGGAAUCACACGCAAUCACUUGAAAUUAGAGAACAUUUUAGUCGAUAAAUCAUGCAAAGUUAAGAUUGCUGACUAUGGCCUUCCUUAUUUCAUAGAUGAAUCCGAUGAAAAAUUUGGAGGUCCAAAAUAUUUUUUGGCUCCUGAAGUUUUACAGAAACUUAACGUCAAUACAUUCAAAGCAGAUGUCUGGGCACUUGGAAUUAUCCUCUAUUACGUUGCUUACAAAGAGCUUCCGUUCGGAGAUGAAGAAUUGUGGAAUGAUUUCACACAAUAUGGCCUUGCUCGCAUUCCACACUUCAUUUCAGAAGAAUUCAUGAGAACUCUCAAGCUCGCGCUUCAAGUAAAUCCAGAAAAAAGACCAACCCCUCAAGAAUUGUUUAAGGUUAUGAACAACCAAACGCAUAUUCCAGAUCCAACAGCGAUGGCAAGAAAGAGGAGGAUAUCCAGAAUGAAUCGCUCUAGCGCUUCCUUCAAAUCUAACGUAUUAAAUCCUACAUUCGGAACUUCUCAGCUUUCUUUGACAAAGAGCACUUUCGUCUCGAGAUCAAAUCCUAUGUUAUAA